AUGUAUGAUAUUGAAAGAUUUGGUAUUGGAUUAUAUUUAGCUCUUGUAUCAAUUGUUAUAAUUUUAAUUUUAUUAGCAUUUUGUUUGGUUGGUGCUCAGGAGUCUGGAGAUCCAACUGUUGCUAAACAAUUGUACAUUGAUACUAAAAGUGCUAUUGGUAAUAAUGCAAACUUAAGAAAAAUUAGUACAAAUUUUCAUAUUGGAAAUAAUGAUAAAAAAAGAAAUAUGAAUGUUACUUUUAAUAAAAUGAAUGUUUUAAAUAGUGCUAAAACUUUAAUGGCACCUUGUAACAAGGAUGCAGUUACUAUCUUAAAUGUAAAUGACUAUAUUGAGGAAGUCAAUGAAGAUGAUAAAAAUUCAGUUUUUGAUGAAAUUUAUGAUAAUGAAAAUGAUGAUUCGCUAGAAAGUGAAGAUAAUGAGAUUGAGGAUGAAGAGUACUCUGAAGUUAAAAAUAAUAAUCAAACAUAUUUAAUAAAAAAGCAUUCAAUAUAUGAGGCAAUUGCGACAGUACACAAUAAUCAUUUAAAUGUUUAA